GUCCAUUCUGCCGCACAUGACCGCCCAAAGUUUCCGUCAAGCUGGGGCCUGUUUUUGCUGCCAGCGCUGGCAAUCCAUCUUUUUUCGUCGUACCUCGCGAUCGCAAUUUCUCACGGCAUCCCACUCCACCCCAGGGCGAGCAAACGCAGUGAACCCUGGUGACAAGAUAAUUCCUACCGAACUCUCAACCUUUCAAUUCUGAUCGACGUCAAGAUGUCUGCUGCUCAAAACGAGUCUGCCGCCUGGCCCAAGGCCGAGGACCCCGCGCUGGUCCAGGAACUGCUCGACUGUGUUCAGCAGGCUAGCCACUACCGCCAGCUCAAGAAGGGCGCUAACGAAGCGACCAAGUCGAUUAACCGCGGCACGAGCGAGCUCGUUAUUCUCGCCGCUGAUACCCAGCCGCUGAGCAUUGUGCUCCACAUCCCGCUCAUCGGCGAGGAGAAGAACGUUCCCUAUGUGUACGUCCCUAGCAAGGUCGCCCUCGGCCGCGCCUGUGGUGUUUCGCGUGCCGUCAUCGCGGUCUCCCUCACGUCGAACGAGGCCUCGGACCUCAACUCGAAGAUCCGCGCCCUGCGCGACAAGGUCGAGCGCCUGGCUAUGUAAAGAAUUUUUGGGUUGAGAGAAGGCCGUUGUGGAGGUUGGAUUGGACUAGAUGGCCGACAUGCCGGGACGGUGAAACGCUUGAGCAUGUCUGGUACUCGGCUGGCUGCACAGAGCAGGAUUUGGAUCGGCACCAACCCGCUGUAGUCUAGCAAGUUCGUUUAGGGAAAAUACACCUCGAGUUCUCCCGA